UCAUCUCUGGUUGCCCAGCCUUGUGACUUCCUAUGCCAUGAGAUUGUUAUAUGCGUAUGUAGCUGCUCGCGGGGUUCUAAAUGGGACAAUGUGACGGGUCGGAAGUGACAGCCUUAACCGUGUGGGGUUAACGAUUAAGCCAGGUACGGGCCGUUACCGUUACCAGGCAUGCAUACCGGCACCCACGCAUCAGGCUGCAGCACACAUUAUAACAGAGUGCAGGAUAUGAGACAACCGUUUUGAGGCGUUCAGCAGUGCGCUCUGUUCAGCGUCUGUUCACUCGUCUCCUCUGUGGACUUCUGCGUUUUAGGUUAACAGCAGCCAGAGCGCUGAGGGGAAGUGUUCUCCUGUAGGGCUGCUCCGUAACUAUAUCCUUGUGCCGCAGCCCUUUAAAUACUCCUCAUAAAAUAGCCACUUGGUGAAAGGUGAGACCUUCCCAGCCCAGGACACGGUCUGGAGCGAGCUAGUCUGAAAGGACCGUCAGAGCGCGUGCAGGACUGACCUGCGCUCUUGGAUGACUUUCUGAAAAGAACUUCGGGCUACUAGCUGGACCUGCAAUACUGCAUGUACUUUUUCAUACCAACUUUUCAAUACUUUUUGGUUACCAGUCGUUGUUGACCAGAUAAACAUUGGUUUGUUUGUUUUUGCUCUCUUUUAAAAAUAUAUAAUUGGUUCAUUCUUCUAUACAUCUGCCUACAGUGCUUACGCAGUGAAUGGAGGACAUACUCCAGCUUCUCCCGAAGCACCGGCAAAUUCUCACACAGGCCUGGGGGAGAGCAGCUACUCACACCUGCCUUUGCAGGAGCUUAGUUGAGCUUUCAAAACGUUUUUUACCACUUAAUUUUGCGUUCAUGACCACACCUGAGUGCCACUCACCAACAUUCUUUAAUGGGAUAAAUUCACUUGUGAGAUCAGGUUAUUAAAAACCGAUCAAGGGAAAUCUAAACCAACCAUCCCACACCUUUUUGCCAUAGCCUAUAUUUGUAAUUCAGUCUACUGUCCUCAAAAGCUUCCGCAUGGUACUUUGGUCGAAAGAGCAAGACCAACCGCCGGACACCGACAUGUCAUCCGGGGCAAUAGAAAUGAAGAAAGUGGUGCCACCGGUGUACCUCCACUCCAACGGCUCUGUUCACCCAGCCAUCCUCACCGAUGACCCUGAGGAGAUGAGACCGGAGGAGAUGAGACCGGAGGAGAGGGGCGAGUAUGAGCUCACAGAAGUGACAUCCUUCACAGACAGGUCUGGUGAACCGGGAGAUGAAGGCCGGGAGAUAGUGGUGAUAGACUGCAGGGCGAAUGCCAAGGGCCAGCGCGAGGAGGACGCUCUCCUGGAGAAUGGCAGCCAGAGCAACGAGAGCGACGACAUAAGCACUGACCAGAGCCCAGAGCCACCAGCGCCGUUAAAAGAGACCUCCUUCUCCAUCGGCCUCCAGGUGGUCUUGCCAUUCCUGCUGGCUGGGUUCGGGACGGUGGCGGCGGGCAUGGUGCUGGAUAUUGUUCAGCACUGGACGGUGUUUACAGAGGUGACGGAGGUCUUCAUCCUGGUCCCAGCGCUGCUGGGGUUAAAGGGCAACCUGGAGAUGACACUGGCUUCCAGACUGUCCACAGCGGCUAAUAUUGGUCAGAUGGACUCAGCCAAGGACAUGUGGAAGAUGAUCGUUGGAAACCUCGCCCUCAUCCAGGUCCAGGCCACGGUAGUAGGGUUCCUGGCGUCCAUCGCUGCGGUGAUCUUUGGCUGGAUCCCAGAAGGGAACUUUAGACUGGGACAUGCUAUCCUGUUGUGUGCCUCCAGUGUGGCAACCGCAUUCAUCGCUUCUCUGAUACUAGGGAUCAUUAUGAUUGGUGUAAUCAUCGCAUCCAGGAAGGUGGGCAUCAACCCUGACAAUGUGGCCACGCCCAUCGCUGCCAGUCUGGGAGAUCUGAUCACCCUCUCUCUGCUGGCUGGCAUCAGCACAGGACUGUACAAGGAGCUGGAGUUUAACGACUAUGCCAACCCGUUGGUGUGUGCUGUGUUUGUGGCGCUGACCCCUCUGUGGGUGCUGAUCGCUCGGAGGAUCCCCUCCACCAGAGAGGUGCUCUACUCAGGCUGGGAACCUGUCAUCAUUGCCAUGGCAAUCAGCAGUGUUGGGGGUCUGAUCCUAGAUAAGACCGUGUCCAACCCCAACUUCGCUGGCAUGGCUGUCUUCACUCCUGUUAUCAACGGUGUGGGAGGUAACCUGGUAGCGGUGCAGGCCAGUAGAAUCUCCACCUAUCUGCACAUGAAUGGUAUCCCCAUGGGAGACCCUGACCCCAACCCCAGGAAAUGCCCCACCCCCUGCACAUCCUUCUUUGGUUCCAAUGUGAACUCUCGUUCAGCACGGGUGCUCUUCCUCCUGGUUGCUCCAGGUCACCUGGUCUUCCUCUACACCAUCAACUCCAUGCAGGGAGGACACACCACGCUAACAUCCAUCUUCAUAGCCUUCUACAUGGCUGCUGCAUUACUGCAGGUGUUGAUCCUGUUGUACCUGGCUGACUGGAUGGUCCACUGGAUGUGGAGUAGGGGGAUGAACCCUGAUAACUUCUCUAUUCCUUACUUGACGGCCCUGGGAGAUCUGCUGGGGACCGGCUUCCUGGCCCUCUGCUUCCAUGUCCUCUGGCUCAUUGGAGACAGAGACACUGAUGUGGGAGACUGAGCACACAGCUGGACAGCAUACAUAUACAGCAUCAAUUCGGGCUCACCGGAAAACAACCUGAACAACUGAACUGUACAGUAUCUCCCUCUGGACAUCGGAACAACUGAAUCACUUUCAGACCCAGACCUCAACCCUGACCCCUUGACCUCCAAUCUCCCCCCAAACCCCUCCCCCUGGGUCACAGACUAUGCCAUGUUUUCUUUAUUUGACUAAAUAAGAGUUUUACUACUAUUGUUUUUAUUGUUAUUAUGAUGACGAUGAUUAUGAUUAUUAUUGUUAAUAGUGAAUUUGAUAAGAAUCUAUAUCUGUUUUACCAUUGGGUGGGUGAAUCCUCAUUAUUUUCAAUGGGGACAUUCUCCCUUGGGCCAGUCACAUUGGCAGCAUUUGUAAAGAUGAGCUCAAUCUUAAAGACUUGAAAUGAAGACAGACAGACAGCAAAAAAAACUCACACAAGCCUAGAAUGCUUAAUCACCAAGUGCUAUACGUAUAAAGAGAUUAAUACAUUUUUAAGGGACCCUUCCAAUUUGCCUUGCCUUGAGAGUAGUGAUUCAGUGGGGACAGCUCCACAGGGGCCCGGACCAGAAUGUAGAGACCUGAAUCCGCUUAGGUAACAACCCCCCAACCCUGUUAAAGGAUGACUGAACACUAACCUGAAAAGAAACAGGAAGAUUUAAGUUGCCCUUAAGCACAGAUCUAGAAUCAGUUUACCCUCUCCAAAUCCUAACCUUAACCAUUGGGGAGGGAUGAAAACAUAACUGACCCUGUAUCAGUGGUAAGAGGCAACCUCAACCUAGUCCAUGGACAUAGGUCCUGCCAGAUGGUACAGUCAGGUGCCACAUUAUGUUUCAUUGGUGACAGUUCGAUCUGGCACCUCGCCAGAUCGUACUGUCAGGUACCACAUUAUGUUUCAAGGGUCACCAAGGAGGUGCCAGAUCGUACUGUCAGGUACCACAUUAUGUUUCAAGGGUCACCAAGGAGGUGCCAGAUCGUACUAUCAGGUACCACAUUAUGUUUCAUAGGUCACCGAGGAGGUGCCAGAUCGUAGUGUUAGGUACCACAUUAUGUUUCAUAGGUCACCAAGGAGGUGCCAGAUCGUACAGUCAGGUACCACAUUAUGUUUCAUAGGUCACCAAGGAGGUGCCAGAUCGUACUGUCAGGUACCACAUUAUGUUUCAUAGGUCACCAAGGAGGUGCCAGAUCGUAGUGUCAGGUGCCACAUUAUGCUUCAUAGGUCACCAAGGAGGUGCCAGAUUGUACGGUCAGGUGCCUCAUUAUGUUUCAUAGGUUACCAAGGAGGUGCCAGAUCGUACAGUCAGGUGCCAAAUUAUGUUUCAUAGGUCACCAAGGAGGUGCCAGAUCGUACGGUCAGGUGCCACAUGUUUCAUAGGUCACCAAGGAGGUGCCAGAUCGUACAGUCAGGUGCCACAUUAUGUUUCAUAGAUCACCACCAAGGAGGUGCCAGAUCGUACGGUCAGGUGCCACAUUAUGUUUCAUAGGUCACCAAGGAGGUGCCAGAUCGUACAGUCAGGUGCCACAUUAUGUUUCAUAGAUCACCACCAAGGAGGUGCCAGAUCGUACAGUCAGGUGCCACAUUAUGUUUCACACUCAGUUGGAGGGUUGUUUUUUAAAUUAAAGUCAACCCAAAUUCUUGCCAACCAUGUCCUUAGUGGUCCUUGAGGCCUCAACGCUCAAUAGCAAGGUUUCAACACCUCCUUGUUGUCCCAUGAAUCCUCCUAAAGGGCUACGAUUGUGACAUUUCUUCAUUUACAUUUGUUUCUUCUUUGUUUUCACACAAACACUUAGACAGAAAAUUGUGCUUUGUUUGUCAGGCUGGCCAUCUGUUUGUGGCAGCCUGUUGGUUACACACACACACACAAAACUCUGCUUAUCGCUGGAUUCACUGAGGUUAGAGUGGCUUUACUGGGAGGCCAGAGGGAGGUCAGAGAGGGUAGGGACAGAGCUCUUAUUGAGACAGAGGCCAUUCCAGGUGACAUCCUAUCUAGUGCAAGGACUUAGGAGCAUAUGUUAAAGGGUGGGGUAAGUUUUCCACUUGAUCACACUGCUGCCUAAUGCUGUAGUGACAAGACCUGUUUGGUGUGUUCUGAUUAGAAGGCUUUAAUGGGCUUCAUUAGUUAGUGAGGAAAGACAGGAUGUUGAGGGAGGAAUUGUCAAACCAAUAUCGCCUGCUUAGGAAUAUCAUGCAAACAUCUCGCUCGCUCUUUCUGUCUCUCGCUCUCUCAAGUUUUCUCAAAUGGUACAAACAACAUCAGCGAUCUUCUUGAGUUGAAGCAACUCAAGGCCUGUCCAUGCUGACUACCACACUUCCUUAAUGUCUGUUGUGCAUUGUACAUACACACUGUGCAGCUGACCUACAAUAUCUGCCACAGACGCCAUGCUUCAAAAUGGCCUCCUAUCCUACCCACAUGAACAUACUGUCAGUAUAGACACUCUAAUUCUCGUAAGCAGCAGAGCCCAGCUUGAUGGUGAAAUGCAUGUGUUAUCAUCUGAUGCUUUGUUAUCUGGUGUUAAAUUGAUAUGUUGUUUUAAGGGGCCAGCAGAGUGCAUGUGCAGGGCACAUAACAUGAAUAUGCAAAACGUGUGCAUUAUGAGUUAAGUUUCCUUCUCUUUAAAAGAUAAUGUAUCCUUCUUAGGUUUGACACAAUUUACAAAGUGGAAGUUGUGUCCGUUAUUAGAUGUAUUCUUUAAGUUCAUAAUUUUUCUUAAUCCUUCUGUGAUCUUUAUGUGUUAGAUAAUGAUUAUGUCAUGUUUAUGAUUGAGAGCCCCAGUGGGGUUUAGUGUCACUGUUGGAAAGGACUGUAAUAUACACACACAGGCACCAGAGGGCAACAUUGUCAUAUGAGUGAAUAUGAGACAGUGCUGAUAGUGAUAGAGGCUGUUCACUAUUAGCGUCAUCUAGAUUAUAGAACCUGUAUCCAAGAUUCUAAAGAACCUGUGUUUUCUAGAUUCUAGAAUUUGUAUUUUCUUGAUUCUAGAAUCUGUGUCCAUGAUAUAAUUGCAUACCUUCUGGAUUCUAGAGCCUGUAUCCAAAAUUCUAUUCUAAAACCUGUCCUCUGUAUUCUUGAGGCGGAACCCUGGAUCUAGAACCUGGGUUCUCUCUGCUGUCUUACUGAACCUGUGCCAGCGUUCUGCCCCAGUACGGAUAUGAGGUUGUGAAUACUUCUUCAGGGGAAGGAAUGCUUUGUCUAUUUAUUUUUAGAUGCACACAAACAAAUUGUAUAUACUAUAUUUAUUCUAUAAAUAAGGUGUUUAUUUUUCAUUUAAUUUUGUCUCGGUUCUGUCGCUGUUUUUGUAAUUGUUUCUCAUUUAAUUUUUUUGUUCAUCCUUUUUUGGGUUGUAUCCAGCCAGUAGAGCUUCAGCGCUGCCGCGGUAGAUUAGCGCCUAGGCUAACAAACAACAGUGUGGGUGCCUAAUAUCUGAUGAACCUCACACACCUUACACCCCCUGCCCUCGGACAGGGACCCAAACAUAGAAGGCCUUAACCUAUCAGGAACCAAGCUCAACACAUAGUAACCAAUCAGGAACUAGGCUCACCACAGAGUAGAAUCUCUCUAAUUAGCUUUUAUUAAUAACUGACAUACCUUGAUUUGAUUUUGUAAUGUAAUGAAUGAAUAAAUAGUCUAUGAGAGAGGCUGCAUGGUUGCAAUGGCUGCAGUGUUUGGGAAUCACUAAGGCCAGAACCUUCAAUUGAGAACAUAAAUUAAUAGAUGGAUAUUGUAAACACUCUGGCUCUGACUAGAACAGACUAGUGGUCAGACAACACAGAAGUAUAACGGAUGGAUCAUUUCUCUAUAACCACAUUCCUCAACCCUCACCUCCCAGACACACACACACACUACUAGCACAAAAUGUCCAUACAGAUAUAUUGGUUACACACACAAACACACACGCAUACACUGUAUUUGGAACUGUGUGCUCCCCCUGCUGUCCCCCUCUGUAACCCUGUAACUGUAGUGGGGUUCACAAUCUGCAGGACUUUAUAAAUUGCUGGAAAUAAAGGACUAUAUUAUUUUGUACCACU